AUGGAAGGAUUAGGCCCGCGCCAAAUUGGACGUGCAGAUUCUCAACGGCAGGACAAUUUUUUAAAUAUCGAACGAGGGAAAGACCAAGAUAAUCAGCGAGAGGGCAGCGUGAACACCUCUCACACGAGUAAAAGCCAUUCAAAAAGGAAGGAUCAUGCAUCCCAUAAGCAAAACGAUCGAAAGGCUUUACAACAAGAGAUUGAUGAUUUGAAGAAAAAGUUGCGCCGAGCACAGCAAAAACGUACUUCACCCGGCUCGGGCACUAGCAGUGACGAGGAUAACAAAUACCGACGAAGAUCAAGAACCCCUCCGAGCGUGACCUUUUCCUACGAGGAAGAGAGGCCUCGUAAACGCAGCCACAAAAGCCCAUCUUACCAAGGCCUGGCCAACGAUGCCAUGAGUAAGGCCCUGGAUCGCAUUUCCCAGUUGCCGUUUACACGUAGAAUAGAGAGUGCAGUGCUUUCUCGGCGGUUCCAUCAACCAACGUUUGCUAUAUACAAUGGUCGGACCGACCCAGUGGAGCAUGAGCCAGGUCACAUUACUGAUGAUUGCAGGAACCUGAAGAACUAUUUAGACCGGCUCGUCCGAGAAGGAAAGCUGAGACAUCUGCUGCAUCGCCCUGAAGGAUGGCAAGAACCAUCAAACAAUGAAACCAGACAAAGUACGUUGAGGCCACCCAUUGGCACAAUUAAUGUCAUUCUCGCCACACCUGGAAGGACAGGCUCUGUCCCCUUCAGGGUAAUGUUAGUGAGCAGUUUCCCGACUGAGCCAGACGACAGGGAAUCCAAAAGAGCUAGAAUGAGCGCCACGCCAUUAAUCAGGUUCACGGAGGAAGACAAACAAGGAACUAUCCAACCCCACGACGAUGCCUUAGUCGUUACGCUUAGAAUAGGAGGUUAUGACGUGAAAAGGGUGUUAGUUGAUCAGGGCAGUGCCGUGGAGGUAAUGUACCCUGAUUUGUAUAAGGGAUUGAACUUGAAGCAGGAAGACCUGUCGCAAUACGAUUCCCCCCUGGUUAGCUUUGAAGGAAAGGUCGUCAUCCCGAGAGGCAUGAUUAGGUUGCCUGUGCAAACAGACUCAGAAGUGGUAGAAGUGAACUUCAUUGUCGUAGAUGCAUACUCCCCUUACACAGCUAUCGUGGCCCAGCCAUGGCUUCAUGCAUUAGGGGCUGUGUCGUCAACCUUGCACCAAAAGGUGAAAUAUCCGUCAGGAGGUCAGAUCAAAGAGAUAAUAGGGAACCAGGUAGUGGCUAGGCAAUGCAUGGUGUCGGCAAUCUCGCGACGACCGGAUUGCAUAACUUCUACCUCGGCCGAGAACGGCUUAUAG